AUGACUGUCAAAGCAAUAGCUCUCCUUGGGGUUAGUUUGAUAUCACUUUCCGUGAUUCAGCCCUGCCCAGCACCAAUUCCACUGAUCGUCCCACUCGUUAGCAUGGUGGCACCUAUUAUAGGAGAAGUCGUCCAGGCUGGGGUCAAUGUUGCGCAAGGAAAGUCAUCAAAGCUGAAGAGAGGAAGUGAUACCGAUCCUUUCGUCGACCUCGAUGUGCGGAUGGAGCUGCCGACUGGGAUUCACCAGCACGACGUCGACCUGUGUAAGAACGCGAAUAAAAACAGCACAGGUGUGAAAGUCAUUCAAGAAAGUGACACAUCUGUUCGGGUCGAAAACGUGGAGCCAGAGUGCAUGGUUUUAGCCAGUCUAUUCAAAGACGAGGGUACCCCUCAGCCUUGCGGUUCUGAUUGUCUGAAGUACGUCAACGUGGAUCCAAAGCAUGUGAAUGACUUCAUUGCGGAGGCCAAGAAAUAUCUGUAG